GACGGUAGGCGGUGGAUGGGAGAGCUGGCGCAGCUGCCGUGGUGGCAGUGGCUGAAGUAGCUGCAGCUGCGGCGGCUGCAACAGCUUCGGGCUCGGGGUUUUGGCGGCGGCGCCGGAGGGCUGGGCUGCGCAGUGCGGACCCCGGCGCGUGGUCCGGGUUGCUGGGGCGGCGCGUAAGAUGCCUCUCAUGGAGGAGUUUCUGAGCAGCACGUCUGGUCCAGUGGCUUUGAAAGGGAGCUCAAACCAGAAAGUGUUUCAAGCCUUGGACGUCACAUCCUGAGGGCCACAGGAGAAGAGAACAUGGCUGUGAGUUUGGAUGACGACGUGCCCCUCAUCCUGACCUUGGACGAGGGUGGCAGUGCCCCACUGGCUCCCUCCAACAGCCUGGGCCAAGAAGAGCUACCUAGCAAAAAUGGCGGCAGCUAUGCCAUCCAUGACUCCCAGGUACCCAAUCUCAGCUCUGGGGGCGAGAGUUCCCCCUCCAGCCCCGCACACAACUGGGAGAUGAAUUACCAAGAGGCAGCAAUCUACCUCCAGGAAGGCGAGAACAAUGACAAGUUCUUCACCCACCCCAAGGAUGCCAAGGCGCUGGCGGCCUACCUCUUUGCACACAAUCACCUCUUCUACCUGAUGGAGCUGGCCACAGCCCUGCUGCUGCUGCUGCUCUCCCUGUGCGAGGCCCCCGCUGUCCCUGUGCUCCGGCUUGGCAUCUACGUCCACGCCACCCUGGAACUGUUCGCCCUGAUGGUGGUAGUGUUUGAACUCUGCAUGAAGUUACGCUGGCUGGGCCUGCACACCUUCAUCCGGCAUAAACGGACCAUGGUCAAGACCUCAGUGCUGGUGGUGCAGUUUGUCGAGGCCAUCGUGGUGUUGGUACGGCAGACGUCCCAUGUGCGGGUGACCCGGGCACUGCGCUGCAUCUUCCUGGUGGACUGUCGGUAUUGCGGCGGCGUCCGGCGCAACCUGCGGCAGAUCUUCCAGUCCCUGCCGCCCUUCAUGGACAUCCUCCUGCUGCUGCUGUUCUUCAUGAUCAUCUUCGCCAUCCUUGGUUUCUACCUGUUCUCCUCUAACCCUUCAGACCCUUACUUCAGCACCCUGGAGAACAGCAUCGUCAGUCUGUUUGUCCUUCUGACCACAGCCAAUUUCCCAGAUGUGAUGAUGCCCUCCUACUCCCGGAACCCCUGGUCCUGCGUCUUCUUCAUCGUGUACCUCUCCAUCGAGCUGUACUUCAUCAUGAACCUGCUUUUGGCUGUGGUGUUCGACACCUUCAAUGACAUCGAGAAACGCAAGUUCAAGUCUUUGCUGCUGCACAAGCGAACCGCCAUCCAGCAUGCCUACCGCCUGCUCAUCAGCCAGAGGAGGCCCACCGGCAUCUCCUACAGGCAGUUUGAAGGCCUCAUGCGCUUCUACAAGCCACGGAUGAGUGCCAGGGAGCGCUAUCUUACCUUCAAGGCCCUGAAUCAGAACAACACACCCCUGCUCAGCCUAAAGGACUUUUAUGAUAUCUAUGAAGUUGCUGCUUUGAAGUGGAAGGCCAAGAAAAACAGAGAGCACUGGUUUGAUGAGCUUCCCAGAACGGCGCUCCUCAUCUUCAAAGGCAUUAAUAUCCUUGUGAAGUCCAAGGCCUUCCAGUAUUUCAUGUACUUGGUGGUGGCAGUCAACGGGGUCUGGAUCCUCGUGGAGACGUUCAUGCUGAAAGGUGGGAACUUCUUCUCCAAGCACGUGCCCUGGAGUUACCUCGUCUUUCUUACCAUCUAUGGAGUGGAGCUGUUCCUGAAGGUCGCCGGCCUGGGCCCUGUGGAGUACCUGUCCUCCGGAUGGAACCUGUUCGACUUCUCUGUGACGGUGUUCGCCUUCCUGGGACUGCUGGCGCUGGCCCUCAACAUGGAGCCCUUCUAUUUCAUCGUGGUCCUGCGCCCCCUCCAGCUGCUGAGGUUGUUUAAGUUGAAAGAGCGCUACCGCAAUGUGCUGGACACCAUGUUCGAGCUUCUGCCCCGGAUGGCCAGCCUGGGACUCACCCUGCUCAUCUUUUACUACUCCUUCGCCAUCGUGGGCAUGGAGUUCUUCUGCGGGAUCCUCUUCCCCAACUGCUGCAACACGAGUACAGUGGCAGAUGCCUACCGCUGGCGCAACCACACCGUGGGCAACAGGACCGUGGUGGAGGAGGGCUACUACUAUCUCAAUAAUUUCGACAACAUCCUCAACAGCUUUGUGACCCUGUUCGAGCUCACAGUGGUCAACAACUGGUACAUCAUCAUGGUGGUGAUGACGAUCAUUGUCGCCUUCAUCCUUGAGGCCUUCGUCUUCCGAAUGAACUACAGCCGCAAGAACCAGGACUCAGAAGUUGAUAGUGGCAUCACCCUUGAGAAGGAAAUCUUCAAAGAAGAGCUGGUUGCUGUCCUGGAGCUCUACCGCGAGGCACGGGGCACCUCCUCGGACGUCACCCGGCUGCUGGAGACCCUCUCCCAGAUGGAGAGAUACCAGCAACAUUCCAUGGUGUUUCUGGGACGGCGUUCAAGGACCAAGAGCGACCUGAGCCUGAAGAUGUACCAGGAGGAGAUCCAGGAGUGGUAUGAGGAGCAUGCCAGGGAGCAGGAGCAACAGCGUCAGCUCAGCAGCAGCGCAGCCUCCGCCACCCAGCAGCCCCCAGGCAGCCGCCAGCGCUCCCAGACCGUCACCUAGCCCAGUGCCCGAAAACCGUCUCUUCUAUGCAAUAACACAAUAGUAUCGCUCUACUUCGACGUCCGGAACUGCGGCGUGUGUACGCAUACUCACGUAUAUGCACAUAUUUAUAUAGAGGAAGAAAGCAGACAGACGAGAGGGGGCUUGGUUUAUAACCACCUUGCCCUGUUUUCCUUAACUCCACAAGCCAGUUUGGUGAGGGGUGGGGUGCAGCCACUAGGUCUGAGCUCUUCCUGCUGUGGAAGGCUCCGGAAGCCCCUUCCCAAGGAGACCCCUCACCUGGAUCCAGCUGACUCUGCGGGGCUGGCCUCCCACGUGGGCCAGCCUCCAUCGGCCACAUCCAAAGCCAUCAGUGCUGCUGCUUCAGGCGCACGUCUCCCUGACCUGACGGCAUCCCCACCCCUGCUGCCUGCGGCCCAUGCCACAGGUUCCUGUGUCUUUAGGGACAGAACCACUUAGGAAGGAAAGAACCCCCAGUCUCCAGGGUGGUAUUUCAAUGUAUAUGAUAAUGUCAUGGAACGCUUCUUUGGGGACCAGUGCCCAGGACCUAAUGGAAAGAGGAACUGGGGUGAUUGUACCCAGGUGGCCAAAGCUCAGCUAGCCAGUGCUGGGCGGCAGCAGAUUACGCUGAGCAGUCUCUCUCGGCUCUGCAGCCCUCCCACGCAGCCUUCUCCGGCUUAACCCUUGUUGGCGAAAAUCCUUCCACAGUGGCCUCCUGGGGGAUGCAGACCCCGGAGGAAGGGGCGUGAGGCAGGAAGUGGGGCUGACGCCUGUAAGCCAAACAGCUUCCUGGAAUGGGCUUUCUUGACCAAAUCCCUUUUGCGAUUUACCCGUUCAAGCAAAACGAUAUGUUGUUGAAUUAACAUAUGUGCUAAAGCUGGUAGCAGGUCCUUCACACGUGUGCACUAGAAAUGGGAGCGACCAGCAGAGACGCUCCCUGUGGGACGCAGCAGCCCCGUGGCCCCGGCCCAGCUCUCAGCCGCCCUCCCUCCCUGCCUCUGCUCACCCCAGAGAUUUCCGUAGCAGGAUUGGUUGGUGCAGAAGUAGGUUCGGAUGAACUGUUAACAUCCACCACUCUUGCCCGCCACGGCACCUUUUGGGAGCUCUGCAGGACAUCCGAGCAUGGUGGAGGUAGGAGGGUUGCCAGCUGUGGUGACAGGCAGUGGUGGCCACACAGGCAGAGUCAGUUCAGAGGCCUCUUUGGUUCUGCUUCCCUGGAGCACAGCACAGGUUCUACAGCAGGAGCCGCAGCAGCAGCAUGAAGGGUGCAGGGGAGGGACAGGCAUGCGCUGUGGGGUGCUCUGGGCCACAGGUGGACGCAGGCUCCCUCUGGCCUCGUUCUUUUCCCGGCCACAAAAUGGGCAGGGUGGGGCCUUACCCCAGGGAGCAGUGCCUGGUCCCCCAACCCCUGCUCCCUACCCCCUCCAGGACCAAGCUGGGUCCCAUAGCCAACACGGCCUGGUUCUCCCCUUCACGGAGUUAGUCCAGUGGUGGGUGUUUAUUUUUAAAGCACAGCCCUAUGGGAAAACAGCGAAUCAUGGAGAAUCACUGUGAUUCCUCUGGGAGUCAGACUGGCUUUGUCCUCUUCCUCUCUGGAGAGCCAUGGGCCAUCACCGGGAGCUCUACAUUGAGCCCCAGGCCAGAACCCCCUCCCUUUCGCAGAGAGGGAACUUUAUUGCAUAAUUGGGUGCCUUUUAGCUUUUGUGUGUUGAAAUGGGCAUUUUGGAAGUAAGGGUCAGGUCUCUGACCUGAGCAUCUGGGCCUCAGACUCAGCCCUUCCUUCCCAAGGGUGGGUGGAAAACUGGAGGGGCCAGCAGCACCCUGGGGUCUGUCCAGGGGAGUUGAGACCCCAGGGUGGGAGGGUCUAUUCCAGGAGAAGUGGCAUCUCCGCCCUGUUCAGAGCGAGUUAGUGCGUCCAUCCUCCCAACCCUGUCCUGAGAAAGAACCUGGUUUUGGCCAGGACCCGACAAAUACCCAAUGGCAGCAGUGUCAACAGGCCAGAGUCCAGCCAGGGUGGGCGGCCUUGUCAUUGAGGCUAGGGACAGCUAUCCCCGGGUUACCCCUGGCCUCCCACAAGCAGGGAGCGGGGGUCUCCCACAGGCUGUGAGCUCUGAGGGCCCUGGGAUGUGAUCUAGCUUAGAUGUCCUCUCAUCCCCGAUAUCACAGUUGAGUGCACCCAAGUGACACUCACUGGCGCCGGGGCCUUAGCCUGGCAGUGGGAGCAAUGGCAUUGUGCCCUCCCCAGCUCCUCGCUUCCCCUCCCCCAGCCCCAGCCUUACUCCACCAUGCGGACAAUCAUUUUGUAGGGAUCACGGGAGCAAUGCUGUAUGGUUUUGUACGUUGGUGAUUUGUUACCUAGAAAACCCACUGUGUCUCUGGAUUUCUGGCAUAUUAAUAAAAGAGCCUCUGCUUUGUAAA